CCGGCUGCGAGGCUUUGCAUCGUAACUUGGCGGUGACUCCAGGGUUGGAGGGCUUCCGGCCGAAGGCCAUUCGAUGGGACACCCGGAAGGCGGAAGUCCCGGGACGGAAGUGGUCGGGAGGAGACGAGAAUGGCGGCGGCAGGCAGGAUUUGGCGCUGGGGCUGGGGCCGGCGGUGCCCGGGGCGGCCUGGGCUUCCCGGCCCCGGCCCCGGCCCCACCACACUAGUGUUCCUCCUGUUGCUGGGCGCGGUGGCUGCGGAUAUAACAGACGGCAACAGUGAGCACCUCAAGCGGGAACAUUCGCUCAUUAAGCCCUACCAAGGUGUCGGUUCCAGCUCCAUGCCCCUCUGGGACUUCCAGGGCAGCACGAUGCUGACGAGCCAGUACGUGCGUCUGACGCCGGACGAGCGCAGCAAGGAGGGCUCCAUCUGGAACCACCAGCCAUGCUUCCUCAAGGACUGGGAGAUGCACGUCCACUUCAAAGUCCACGGCGCAGGCAAGAAGAAUCUCCACGGAGACGGCAUCGCCUUGUGGUACACCCGGGACCGCCUGGUGCCAGGGCCCGUAUUUGGAAGCAAAGAUAACUUCCAUGGCCUGGCCAUCUUCCUGGACACAUAUCCCAACGAUGAGACCACUGAGCGCGUGUUCCCGUACAUCUCGGUGAUGGUGAACAAUGGCUCCCUGUCCUACGACCAUAGCAAGGACGGGCGCUGGACUGAGCUGGCGGGCUGCACAGCCGACUUCCGCAACCGGGAUCAUGACACCUUCCUAGCCGUGCGCUACUCUCGGGGCCGUCUGACGGUGAUGACCGACUUGGAAGACAAGAAUGAGUGGAAGAAUUGCAUUGACAUCACAGGGGUGCGCCUGCCCACCGGCUACUACUUUGGAGCCUCUGCUGGCACCGGCGAUCUGUCUGACAAUCAUGACAUCAUUUCCAUGAAGCUGUUCCAGCUGAUGGUGGAGCACACGCCCGACGAGGAGAACAUCGACUGGACCAAGAUCGAGCCCAGUGUCAACUUCCUAAAGUCACCCAAAGACAACGUGGACGACCCCACGGGGAACUUCCGCAGCGGGCCUCUGACAGGCUGGCGAGUCUUCCUGCUGCUGCUGUGCGCGCUGCUGGGCAUCAUCGUGUGCGCCGUGGUGGGGGCCGUGGUGUUCCAGAAGCGGCAGGAGCGGAACAAGCGCUUCUACUGAAGUCCGUGCGCAGCAGGGAGGGGCCCGAGCGGGCCGGCACUAAUGUGAACUUUUUUUUUUUUUUUUACUGGGAUUGUAAAAGCAAAACAAGACGACCUUAUUUCUUAACCGUUUCCAAGAAAUGAUUACAGUAUUUUCAUACAUUUACUUCUUGCCCAGCAGGGCCAGCCAGGCAGCAAGCCAGGGAGCCGGGCUUGGCAAUCCAGCAGCUGGAGAGGGCAUGGGCUCUGGCGCCAGGGGCGGCCGCCUGGGACACCGAAGGGCUCCCGGCCCCACCCACGGGGUAUAUGCUGAGGACAUAGGGCUGUGACAUGGUUCUGAGGUGUGUGCAGGGUGUGGAUGAGCCCGAGGGGGGGGGGUACCUGAACCUUCCUGUCCCCUGAGCUCCUCCCCAGGGCAGGCCACCAGCUGGGCUGGAGCAGCUCUUCCAGAGACCCAGCAUGCAGCUGUUUGCUCAAUGAAGUGAUGUGACCAACCUCCUUCUGUGGCCGUUCCCAGAGUCUCCCGGCCAGAACAGGCAGUUCAGCUACCGGAAGCUGUAGGGGUGAUCCGGAAGGUCCUGCUGGGGUCAGGAGGACAGGUUGUCAUGGCAUUCCUUUUGGAGUCCCUUGGGGAGAUGGCAGUGGGGUGGAAGGAAGCCAGCAGCCGUCCUCAUCUGCAGCUCCCACCCAGAGCAGUGUGUCCCAGCCUCUGUCCCUCCUGGGGGACCUGACCGAGUCAGUGACAUGGGAGCCUUAACAAGCCCAAGCAGCCUGCCUUCCUGUGGCAAGUGGCAUGGGGAAUGAGCUUCAUCCAGCAGGCUCCCUGCAGGUGAUGUGGAAAUGUAUGGAGCAAGCCUAAGAGUUUCUGCCUUCAGUCCAACUCUGGAGCUCCUGCUGACCCCAGAACAGGUCAGAGCCCAGUGGUCCCCGAUGGGCGCUGGCUGGCCGAGCCGUUUCCCUCAGCGGAUCUGCCGCCACGAGGUGCUUCCUGGACGCUUUCCCCAGGACAGUGUCUUCCUUGACAAAACAGCCGACAUGGCCUGCUCUGUAGAUGCCACUUCCGACGGUCGCCCUGUACUAGCUCACCUAGAUGCGCAGCAGCUUCCUGCAAGGGUGCCAUGCCGAUCACGGCGGCAGCCGACGCGUCUACACGCGCAGAGCUGAGGCCUGGGGUGUGGACAUAGCCAGCCUCCUGGCCCCCAGGUGGCUACAGCUGCAUGGGCAGCACCACGGAGCCUGCACUUUGCUUUACCGAGUGGGGCAAGGGCAGUUUUACAGUCUGCUUGGGGGUUCUUGGGGAGUGUCCAGGCUGAAGUGCCCACAGCUGUUGGUUGGUUUCUUUCCCCUCCCCUCCCCUCUCCUCUUUCCUUUGCUGUUUGACUAACAGAAACCCAUCUUCUGACUGCCAACUCAACUCCCCAUCCCCAGAGGGUCUUCUGUAAGCGUGUCUCUCCGGCUGCACACCCUAUACCCACGGGUAUUGUGUCAUGGUGAAGCUCUUGCCAUGCGCAUUUGAAAUUCGAGCCACUUUAUCGUACCAGAGUUAGGUUUUGUAUGUCCACGCGUGAGGCGGGGAGGAAGAGACACCCUGGCCCCAGAGGGGCUGCUGAGCCUGACUGUAGGUGUUGCUU